UAGUAGAGUUGGGAUUGCAAAGGAAGUCCUUACUGACCAGGGAACCUGUUUCAUGUCUCGGGUGAUGAAGGAGAUGUGUAAACUGCUGAAGGUGAGCCAAAUACGAACCUCUGUCUACCACCCACAGACGGACGGCCUGGUAGAACGUUUCAAUAAAACCUUAAAACAAAUGCUAAGGAAGGCUAUUGACGUGGAGGGGAAAAACUGGGACCAACUAAUCCCCUUUGUCUUGUUCUCAAUCCGCGAAGUGCCCCAGGCGUCCACAGGGUUCUCACCAUUUGAGCUGCUGUAUGGACGGAGACCCAGGGGCAUGCUGGACCUGGCCAAAGAAGCAUGGGAGCAACAGCCAUCAGCCCAUCGCUCCGCCAUAGAGUAUGUCGACCAGAUGCAGGACAGGAUGGCUAAGGUAUGGCCCCUGGUGCGGGAGCAUAUGCAACAAGCCCAACACGCCCAAGCCAGAAUCUAUAACCGUAGAGCUCAGCUACGGGAGUUCCAGCCGGGAGAGUUUGUCUUGGUCCUGAUUCCAACGGUGGAAUGCAAAUUCCUGGCAAAGUGGCAUGGACCCUAUGAGGUGAUCGAAAGGGUGGGGGAAGUGAAUUAUAAGGUAAGACAACCGGGAAGGAGGAAAAUCUGCCAAAUAUAUCACAUUAAUCUGUUGAAGAGAUGGCACGCCCCUGACAGUGUUCCGAUGGCCGCACUAACCACCGAAACCCAAGAUCGUGUCCCCUCACAGGUACCUCUGGGCCCCCAUCUGAGUCCGACCCACCGGCAAGACAUGGUGGAACUAACUGGGCAGUUCAAAGAUGUUUUUUCAGACAUGCCGGGAAGGACCACGGUGAUUAACCACGACAUCAUCACCGAACCUGGGAAAAAGGUGAGGCUCCGACCCUACCGCAUACCAGAGGCAAAAAGGGAGACCAUCAAAGAAGAGGUUCCCCUCACAGAAACCGCCAAAGAGAAGACAGCGUUUGCUACCCCAGAAGGCCUGUACCACUAUAGAGUCCUGCCCUUCGGAGUCCACGGAGCGCCAGCUACGUUCCAAAGAAUGAUGGACCAGGUGCUCCGACCUCAUCGGGAGUAUGCAGCGGCCUACCUAGAUGAUCAGGUCAUACACAGCCCCGACUGGACCACCCAUGUAGGCCACCUGAAAGCUGUCCUGGGAAGCCUACGGAGAGCUGGCCUGACCGCCAACCCAAAAAAGUGCCACCUUGGCCUGGAGGAGGCGGAAUACCUCGGCUACACCAUUGGGAGAGGCAGUGUGAGACCCCAAUCCCGGAAAGUGGAGGCCAUUGCCACCUGGCCUAAGCCAGCCACGAAGCGCCCCUUUACACGAGAUGACGAAAAACAGCCACCCACACCAGGUCCUCUGGAGCACCGAAGCUGAGGCAGCCUUUACAACCCUUCGGAGGGCC